AUGCCUCCAUCUAAUUAUUUCCAACAUCCUUGCCACCAAAUAAUCGAAACGAGUCUACCGUUGCUCACUCACGUGUUGCAAGGAGGAGCUAUUCAGGCAAUGCGUCGGUGGCCCAUCUCAUACCGUCGGCUAUUACUAUGUGUCCUUAUAUUGAGGAGUGCCGCGAGGCGAGAAGCUCGAUUUACAGCCUUUUACAGCCUACCUGCUGUUUGCUAUGAACUUGAUAAGUCACCCUACUGCAUUGCAUCCAAGUACUGCAAUGUCGCAACAUUUGCUGUUUUAAUUUUUGACUAUUGCAUCACUCUAGACGCAGAGAAUCAUGCGAUGACCGUCCGAAAGUCGCAGUGGAUCUGGCGCCGAAAAUGGACGUUUGUGCGAUUUAUAUUCACCAUAUCACGAUACUUGCCAUUUUUUGCCAUUGGGAUGACAUUCACAGCUGCACUUCGAACACAAUACUAUCCUGGUGAAAGUAUUUGGACAAGCGUCCAACGGAUUGCUGAUAACGAGGAUUUACGCUUCCUGGACAAUUUUUCCCGUACGGAUCCGGGCAACUGUCUUUUCGUGGGCGGGAGAAACAACGUCUUCGAAUACGCUGCUUUAUUACUUAUCAUUCUGACUAUGGUUCCUCCGGUUACAUGGGUUUCUAUCACAAACUCUCCACAGAUCGUCAUACACAGCGUCCUAGCCUCUCGUAUCCUUUUAAACCUACGAGAAAUUGAAGGACGAUCGCGAAACGAUACGACACAUGCGGAAGUAUCUGAGAUGCAGUUUGGGCAUGGUCAGCUCUCGACGCUGAGAUUCGAGGCUUGA